CUUACGAUGUGGAUUUAUCCAUAAGGCAAACAAAUAAGGGAGAUUAUUGAAAAGAUUUUGACAACUUUUUUUGACAUAUGUGUGUUUUAGAUAUCUAAAAACCCAGGAUAAAGCAUUUGGAUUGCAUUAACGCUAUAUUCUCCUAUACACAAUCUUACAAAAAUACAUUUAUACGCUCAUAGGGUGUGAGUUUUUGUGAAUGUAGAAGUGUGCUGGAAAGAUGUGGGGCUGUAUAACAGAUUUCUUCACCUAUGAGACAACCAAGUCCGUGGUGGUUAAGAGCUGGACCAUCGGCAUCAUCAACCGUGUUGUCCAACUCCUCAUCAUCACAUACUUCAUUGGUUGGGUGUUUUUGACCGAGAAAGCAUAUCAAGUGAGAGACACAGCUAUUGAAUCAUCAGUGAUGACUAAAGUCAAAGGUUUUGGAGAGUAUAACAACCGGAUCAUGGAUGUAGCCGAUUAUGUCACACCGACUCAAGGGGCGUCAGUGUUCUGCAUCAUCACUAAGCUCAUCACAACAGAGAACCAAGUACAGGGAAACUGUCCCGAGAGUGAGAUGAAAUUCAAAUGUGAUGAUGACAAUGCAUGUAAGAAGCAUUUGUCAAAACCUUCUAGCAAUGGGUUGCCGACAGGCCGAUGUGUGAACUUCAAUAUGACACACAAAACCUGUGAGAUCAGAGGGUGGUGUCCAGCAGAGAUUGAUGACGUUCAACCAAACCCCAUGAUGGAGGUGGAGAACUUCACCAUCUUCAUUAAGAACAGCAUUCGCUUUCCCCGUUUUAACUUCACAAAAGGAAACUUCUUGCCCAACAUCAACAGUAGUUAUAUAAAGAAAUGUAACUUUGACUUUGAGAAUAACAUGUAUUGUCCCAUAUUCAAAGUGGGGGAAGUGAUCCGGUUUGCACAGCAAGACUUCACCACUCUUGCUAAAAAAGGGGGAGUGAUAGGGAUAAAAAUAGCAUGGGUAUGUGAUUUAGAUAAAGCAGACGAUGAGUGUAAGCCCGCCUACUCCUUCACUCGUCUGGACGCCAUGUCAGAGAAAACCUCUGUGUCUCCAGGAUACAACUUCAGGUAUGCAAAAUAUUUUAAAAUGGAGAACGGAACUGAGUAUCGCACUCUGCUGAAAGCCUAUGCCAUCAGAUUUGAUGUGCUGGUUAAUGGAGACGCCGGAAAAUUUGAUAUGAUCCCAACUCUAAUCAACAUGGUUGCUGCCUUCACCUCUGUGGGUGUGGGAACAGUCCUUUGUGAUAUCAUUCUGCUGAACUUCUUGAAAGGAGCUGACCAGUACAAAGCUAAGAAAUUUGAAGAGGUAUCGGAUUCACAUAUUCAGAGCAGUAAUUCAUUAUACAGGACCAGAGAACAGAGCCAGGAGUUAGACAAACCAGAAGAGAAGUCCUUGAAUGACUCUGGAGCGUUUUCCCUUGGACGAUAUGAAUAAUGGCUGAUCGCAGCACUUGGGGGAGGAUUCCAAAAUCAUUCUGCUUUACUCAUUGCACUUCGUAAUCUUUCUCAUUAUUCACUAAACAUAGAAACUACCACCUAGAAGUCUAUGCAAACUAUUUAGAUAUUUUUUUACACCUACUUCCAUAGGUUACUGCUUACAGCAGCCAAAUUUACUAUAACUAUAAAUAAUAUUUUAAUAAUAACCAUGGUCCAAACAUUUUUGUUAGGAAUGUUUACUGAAAAACUCUCUCAAACACCCAUGUCAGAAUCUGUGCAAUAUAUAUCAUGUAUAUUACAUAUAUAUACUGUAUAUUACUUAUUUUGUAAAUAAUAGUAUUAGGUAAAUAAUCAUUAACACUUUUUUAACUGUCCACAAUAAUGCAGUAA